AUGGGAUCAAAACCACUCAACAAAACAGUAAUUGUUGCUGAUCUUUGUUUAGGAGUACCAGAUUUAGUGAUGCACAAGAACCAACUACAAGAGCAUGUUCAGAAAUGUGGUUGGCCAUUGCCAGUUUAUGCAAUACACAAUGAAGGAUUUGCUCAUGCUCCAAAGUUCAGGUCUACUCUAUGGGUGAAUGGAAAAGAGUACAAGUCCAGGCUCACAUAUCCCCAUAAAAAAGAUGCAGAACAAGAUGCUGCAGAGCUGGCUCUUAAAAGCCUUGUUAGUAAUGAAAAUAAGAAGAAUGAGGAGCAUUGCAAGAUUCUUCCUGAUCUAAUGCAGAGCAAAUCAAUCCUGUAUGAGUAUGCUGUGAAAAUGAACCUGAAAAGCCCCCAAUACAGUACCACUCAACAAGGAAAGUUGCAUCCAGUUUAUGUCUCCACAUUAAUGUUUAAUGGGGAAAGUUACCCUGGAAAAGUUGGCAAAAGCAAAAAGGAGGCAGAACAACUUGUAGCAUUUGUUGCUAUCGAAUCACUUCUUGAAUCCAGUUCUUGUGGUCAUCUUCAUCAUAUAAUUAAGUCCAAGGCCAGAAUGCAAGGAACUAACAAUUCUACGUUGUUGUAUGCAUGCCCGGAAGGUUCUUCAAAGCUGGUGAUUGAUAUUCCUCCCCCAUCUGCGAACAUUAGUGGACUGGACUCAACUGUUAAUAAGCGAAAACUUGGCACUGUUAACCCUGGAAGUAAGAAACUAAAAAGGGAAGAUGGGUGGGUUGGCUCAGUGUGGGUGGCGUUGGCAGUGGUGGCUUGGCGGUUAUUACUGGUGUGGGUUGUGGGUGGGGUCGGUGGGGUCGGGGGUUGCUGGUUUCUGGGUUGGGGUUGGGUUUCAGUGGGGGCUCUGGGUGGUGGUGGUGGUGUUUGGUGGGGAUGGGUGACGUUGCUGGUGGUGGCAAAAAUUUGA